CCUCCUCCCUCUUCCUUUUUUGUCUAAAAACGGUCACGCUUUCUCUGUCAGAGACUCAAGAUUCGAAGAUCUCCGAAAAUUUUGUUAACUUUUGCGAAACUUUCACUAGAAAUAGCUUUUCCCAAACUGAAAGAGCGCGAAUUCUAUCCUGCAAAUAAACCUCGAUUUUCAAUCUCAAUGCUUAGCUUACCAAACCCAUCAAUGGCUUCUUCGUUUUCAUUUUCGUUUAUUGUGAUUUUAGGGUUUCUUUCAGUUCUGUUUCUGCAGAUCAACCCUUCACAUUGCCUCACCUGUUCAUCUCAGAAGUUUUCAAGCAAUAGAGUUUACGCCCACUGCAAUGAUCUUCCACAACUGAGUUCUUUCCUUCACUGGACCUAUGAUUCGUCAAACUCGUCUCUGAAGAUAGCUUUCUUGGCUCCUCCUGCUGAUACUAAUGGAUGGGUUGCUUGGUCUAUUAAUCCUACGGGGCUUUCGAUGCUUGGGUCUCAGGCUUUGAUCGCUUACAAGGUAGGUGGGGGGAUGGUUGUGAAGACCUUCAAUGUGGAUUCGUACCAGUCGAUCGCGCCUUCCAAGAUUUCUUUUGAGGUUUCAGACAUGUCGGCUGAGAACUCAGGUGGGAUGAUGAAGAUCUUUGCGACCAUAGCUUUGCCUAGUAAGAUGACAACGAUUAACCAGGUUUGGCAGGUUGGGAGUGCUGUGACGAGCGGGAUUCCGGCUUCACAUGCGUUCGAGGCCCCCAAUUUGAACUCUAAGGGGACCCUGGAUUUGUUGAAAGGAGAGAGCAGCACCCCGUCUGGAGGGGAUGAUAAGCUUAGAAACAGAAACAUUCACGGAAUAUUGAAUGCUGUCAGUUGGGGAAUUUUGUUUCCUUUUGGAGUCAUUUUAGCAAGGUACCUGAGGACAUUCCAGUCUGCGGAUCCUGCCUGGUUUUAUCUUCAUGUGUCCUGCCAGGUCUCUGCUUAUGUUAUUGGUGUUGCUGGCUGGGCAACUGGUCUUAAGCUUGGAAGUGAAUCAAAGGGAGUGGUGUACUCCACCCACCGGAAUAUUGGGAUUUCCCUCUUCUGUUUUGCCACUGUGCAGAUUUUUGCAUUGUUCCUGAGACCUAAGAAGGAUCACAAGCAUCGCAUCUACUGGAAUGUCUACCACCAUGGUAUCGGCUACCUCAUUGUCAUCCUCGGAAUUUUCAAUGUGUUUAAAGGUCUGGAGAUAUUGGAUCCUGCACAGAAGUGGAAGAGAGCUUAUGUUAUUUUGCUUAUUGCAUUGGGUAUAAUUGCUGUACUUCUGGAGGUCAUUACAUGGGCUGUAGUUUUUAAGAGGAAGUCUAAAAAGUCUACUAAGUCAUCUGAUGGAUAUGAUGUCAAUGGCGGGGAGUAGCUGAUCAGAAUUGGAUGAGUUGAUUCUUCUAUGAUAUUCUUUUACUGUAUUAGUUCAGGAAAGAAAAAAAAAAAGGUUAUGCUACUAACAUGAGUUUCUCCUUUUCUUUCCCAUUUUUUGCUGUCUUGUGUAUACUGGCUUAGUUGCAGACAUACGGUUCGUGUUUCCUUUCAGAUUCUUCAGAGUAUAUGGGCAGGUUUCAGUAAUGCUUGUUUCAGUCUCCAUGUUUUAUGUGGGGUACAGGGUUUUGCAGUCCUCAUGUGUCUCUGUUUCUCUCAUUUACAAUACAUAGAAGUGCAUUCAGCCUUUCAAAAGCCAUAUUGGCCUCUUUGUUUAUUCUUCUUUUCUGCUUUAUUGGUGGUCAAGUUUGGCUGCCAUUAGAGUUGUUGAGUUGUACCUUUGCUUUCUGCACUGUUGGCUGCCAUUAGAGUUGUUGAGUUGUACCUUUGCUUUCUGGACUGUUUCUUAUUAACAUUGAACUUAUCUGAACAUCUGAAAGUGGAUUAAACA